CAUUUGAUUGGCAUUGUCGCGUCCCCGUUGGCUUGAGCGCUGAAGUCAGCGCGCUCGUCCAAGGCUUGCUACAUCCGUCGACGUGACAGGCAGCCAUUGGUCGGCUCGGGUCCCAAAGGUCACGCCGUGCUCUUCCCAAAGCCUUUAACUAGCCGGCGGCGCGCACGCUGGUUCGGAGGGGCGGACACGCGUCUCCCGCCUGCAUUUGUGUCAUGAGGUAAUUUGAUGCGUCUGUGUGGAGGUUGUUUACGAUGCAAAAUGUUUCCAGUGUCACAAUGAUCACUCUCUCUGGUUUGAAUUUCCCCUUUGUACACCGGCUAAUCCUUUUUGUCCUUGUGCUGCUAUGGUACCUCAUCAUCCUGCUGAGUAAUGUCACCAUUAUUGUUGUCAUCCUUACUGACAAGAAGCUCCACAAGCCCAUGUAUGUUUUUCUGUGUAACUUAUGCAUCAAUGCCGUGUACGGGUCGGUGGGCUUCUACCCCAAGUUCCUGGUGGACCUCCUGUCGUCUCAUGUGAUUUCUUACGCCGGCUGCUUGCUGCAGGGUUUUGUCAUACACUCGUCCAAUACGUACGAAUUUUCCAUCUUGGCGCUGAUGGCUUACGACAGGUACGUGGCCCUGUGUCAGCCUCUGGUUUAUCAAUCUUACAUGACGAGGCAGAGAGUGUCCCUCUUUGUGUUUUUCUCCUGGUUCGUGCCUCUCUUUUGUAUGUUUACCAACACGGCGUCCAUCUUGGGCAAAAAGCUGUGCGGCUCUCACAUCAACAGGCUCUACUGCGUCAACCAGAUGGUGGUCAGCCUCAUUUGCUCGCCACCCAGAUCCCACACCAUCAUCACCUGGCUGAACGUUGCCUUUUAUUUUUUUCAUUUCCUGUUUGUUUGUUGGUCUUACGCGUAUCUGAUUAAAAUGUGCAUUUCGUCCACACAGAUGUGGAAGAGGUUCAAGCAGACGUGCAUGCCGCAUGCCAUCUGCCUCAUCACUUACACCGGCACCGUGCUGUUGGAUUUGUUGUAUAUGAGAUUCGGUUCGGCCGACGUGUCGCAACACUUGAACAACUUUAUGGCCAUCGAGUUUCUACUCAUUCCUCCGAUUUUCAAUCCGCUCAUCUACGGGUUGCAGCUGACGCACAUCCGCAACAGGAUAGUGGGCCUUUUUCACAGCAAAAAGAAGAUCCACAGCUUUUAGAUUGAGAUGAGACUGUUGUGAAGGAUGCGUUUGUCAAGGAAAGACAAAACUUGGAGCAAUGUUGAAUCUAAUUUUUGCUAUGCUUAUUGCAAUUCACUUUCACAUAAUGAUAUGCACAGACUCAUCUACAUGCAUUAGAAUAUGGCAUCAUUUUUAUUUACCUUUUUUUUUUUGGUAUUCAUGACAAGAAUAAAG